AUGGAACAUGCUUGGGGCUCAUACGUUACUGCGUCAAAGGUCUGGUUCUACUCCAUCUUUUGGGCGCUACAUUUUGUCAUUUUUGCAGUGGGGUGGUAUGUUCAGGCCUCGGACCAGAGGCUGGUUAUGCUCAAUACCCUCCAGUAUUCUGUUUGGAUAUCGCGGGGCGCUGGGCUAGUGUUGACAUGCGAUGCUACCCUCCUCUUGCUGCCCAUGUGCCGAAAUCUUGUUAAAACAAUAAGACCUAGGGUGCGAUGGCUACCACUGGAUGAAACGGUAUGGUUUCAUCGUCAGGUCGCCUAUGCCCUUUUGUUUUUCACCAUAGUCCAUGCGGCGGCUCAUUACGUGAACUUUUACAAUAUCGAAAAAGAUCAAAUUCGCCCCGUUAAAGCAGUCCAAAUUCACUACACAGAAGCUGGUGGGAUUACAGGACAUGUCAUGCUCCUUUGCAUGAUGUUGAUGUACACCACGUCCCACCAGCGGAUCCGGCAACAAUCUUUUGAGACGUUUUGGUAUACGCACCAUCUUUUCGUACCGUUCCUCUUAGCAUUGUAUACACAUGCAACAGGCUGCUUCGUGCGAGACACAGAAGAGGCUAUCUCACCCUUUGCUGGGUCUAGAUUCUGGAAUCACUGCUUAGGCUACGAAGGCUGGAGGUGGGAACUAGUGGCUGGAGGCUUGUACAUGCUUGAAAGGCUGUACCGUGAAAUCCGAGCUAGACGCCACACCGUUAUCCUAAAGGUGGUUCGCCAUCCCUAUGAUGCCAUGGAGAUUCAGUUCCGCAAGGAUAGUAUGAAGUACAAGGCUGGUCAAUGGCUCUUCAUUCAAUCACCCGAUGUAUCCAGCAACCAAUGGCAUCCGUUUACAAUCACGUCCUGUCCAUUCGAUCCGUACAUUAGCAUCCACGUCCGCCAAGUCGGUGAUUUUACUCGUGCAUUGGGUGACGCACUAGGAUGCGGACCAGCGCAGGCCAGGGAUAUGGAAGGACUCGACCCGCUGGGAAUGUAUGAAGUCGCCCUGCAUAACGGACAAAAAAUGCCUAGGCUGCGCGUUGACGGACCAUACGGAGCCCCGGCUGACGAUGUUUUCGACAACGAGGUGGCCGUCCUCAUCGGGACGGGAAUAGGUGUCACACCAUGGGCAUCGAUCCUCAAGAACAUUUGGCACUUACGAUCCGACCCUAAGCUAGCCGGCCGUCUUCGUCGCGUCGAGUUCAUAUGGGUGUGUAGGGACACGUCAUCCUUCGAAUGGUUCCAAGCCUUGCUCUCCUCUCUUGAAUCUCAGUCGGCAGCUGAAGCAGAGUACAGUGGAAAGGCCGAGUUCCUACGCAUCCACACUUACCUCACCCAACGACUGGAUGAUGACACUGCCGCGAAUAUUUUCCUCAAUUCCGUCGGUCAGGCUGUCGACCCACUUACGGAGCUGCGAAGUAGGACGAACUUUGGCCGUCCGGACUUCAAACGCCUAUUUACUGCCAUGCGUGAUGGUCUACAAGACCAAACCUAUCUAUCGGGUGUGCAUGGGAAUUCGACUACAGAAAUUGGAGUUUACUUCUGUGGACCCAAUGCCGCUGCCAGACAGAUCCGGGAGGCGGCCAUGUCCACCUCAACGAGGGACAUCCGGUUCAAGUUCUGGAAGGAACACUUCUAG